AUGCCCAAGCCCGUGGCGAUUUCCAAGUUCCUCCCAGCUCUCCGGAUCCCUCCUUCCGAUCAAACCCUCUUACGAAAGCUCGCAACAACGCUCGUUACCCACGACCUGGAGCAGUACAAUAGCUUGAGCAUCUCGAAAGACGGACACCCGGAUGCUCGGGUCUGGAAACCCACACGCAAAGCUGAAGGUCUUCGGAUCUACCGAGAACGCCCGGGUUCAGCUCGCAAGGCGAGCCCGGAAAUCCCUUCCUUGCUCCUUCUCGGGUCAGUGACCGGCACCCUCGACGACAUAAUGUAUGCUGCUGUCGCCCUCACGGACGAAUCGCUCAAGAUCAAGUCGUCGUGUAUCCGAGACGGCGUCGUGGACAGCAAAGUACUGGGUGAGCUUGUCUGUCCUACAGCGGACGAUCCGUUCCACCACGUGAGUCUGCAAUGGCGUCUCUACGAACACUGUGACUACGUGACUCUCGACACAGCAGGGACGAUGCUAACGCCAUGGGGCGAGCGCGUAGGUUACAGCGUCUCGCACUCGGUCGGGUUCCCCCAACUACCGGCGUUCACGGAGCUCGGCAUCACCCGAGGCAACAUGUCCGUGUGCUCGCUGUUCCACCAGAAAGCAAACAACACGGUCGAGUGCUACACGCGUGGGUUCUUUGACAUGUCCACGCAUGGCAACGCCGUGCUCGCGCUCGAGGCGAUCGCCACGCAAUGGCUCUCGCUCUCAAGGAACAUGCAGUGUGCGCACAUGAAAAAGCUCGCGUGGUACUUGCGGCAGAACAACUUCAACAUGGACAUGGCCCUAGUGACCCCGGUUUCUACGCUGCCACUGCCGUGCAAGUCGAAACGCACGACUCCUACGUGUCGUGUCUGUGCCAAGAGCUUUAGCUUCCUACCAGGACGGAAGAAGUUCUGCAACAGUUGCGACCACGCCGUGUGCUCGCGUUGCUAUGUCAAGACGCGCGUGUUCGUCCUCGCCCCGGACCUCUCGUCCAUUCAUCAGAACAAACGAGCCGUGUGCUCGCAUUGCAUCCACAAAGUCGUGCAAAGUGACGCGGCGGCAAUUGCACGGGACGAGCUGCUGCGAAUGGGAAGCAGCAGCUGGAGGGCGGACGUUAUGUGUAGGGAAUUGGGAAUGGGCGUUUAG